AUGGAAGAUAAGGAUAAACCAUUUAGAUUUCUGGCUUCCUGGAUCACAAUGGAAGGCUUUGAGGAAGUGGUGAAGGACAACUGGAGCAACCAACCUGAUUGGAAUCAUGCUAGGAGUAGGUUUGAAAUGAAGGCAAGAGAGUGGCAUCAUAAUGUUUAUAGGCAGAAUAUCAAAAAGAAAAAUAAAAUUUAUGCCAGACUUAGUGGCAUUGACAGUUAUCAAUCUGGAUGGUAUGACCAUAGUAUGGAGAUUCUUCAAAGAAGCUUAUGGAUAGAACUUCGGGAGAUUCUUGUGAGGGAGGAGUUAGCAUGGUUUCAAAGAUCCAGGUGUCAUUGGCUGAAGUAUGGUGACAAGAAUACUAGAUUUUUUCAUUCAUCUACAGUGGCAAGGAGGAGGCACAACAGAAUUGUUGCUCUUAGAAAUGAUAAUGGAGACUGGGUAGCUGAUAAAGAAGACCUAAUCAAUAUGGCUGUAAAGUAUUUUGAAAAUCUGUUUACUGCUGAUGAGGAGGAGCUAGAAGAAUAUCCUGUGAAAGUCUUCUUCCCUGGUCUAAGCAAUAAAGAGAAAAAAGUUAUGUCCAGAAUUCCCUCUCAUGAAGAGAUCCGAAAGACUAUUUUCAAAAUGGGAAAGUUUAAAGCUCUUGGGCCUGAUGGGUUACAGACAGUCUUCUUCCAAUCUCAUUGGAAUAUAGUGGGAAAUUCUGUUUGUAAAUUGAUUUCUGAGAUUUUUCUGGACCCGAAGAAAGUGGAGGAGGUCAAUAAAACACUGGUGUGCCUUAUUCCUAAGAAAGAGAGUCCAGAGGAUAUGAAGGACUUUAGACCUAUAAGUCUUUGUAAUGUAGUUUACAAGACUGUUACAAAGAUAAUAACUGAGAGGCUUAAGGAAUUUAUGCCUAGGAUGGUGGCUCCUAAUCAGUGCAGUUUUAUACAAGGGAGACAAAGUGUUGAUAAUAUCAUCAUAGCUCAGGAAGUGGUCCAUUCCAUGAGAAAGAAAAAAAGGGAAUAA